GGUUGGGCCGAAUUCCGGGCGCCGGGAGGCUGCGGAGAAGAGCCGAGAGGGUGGCAGGUGGAAGUCGUUAGCAAGAGCUGAGAUGUUCCGGAUCGAGGGCCUUGCGCCGAAGCUGGACCCGGAGGAGAUGAAACGGAAGAUGCGCGAGGAUGUGAUCUCCUCCAUACGGAACUUCCUCAUCUACGUGGCCCUGUUGCGAGUCACUCCUUUUAUCUUAAAGAAAUUGGACAGCAUAUGAAGAGUGGGUGUCACGUGUGAAUGCAUGGUAUGAAGAACCUGGCUGCAGUUUCUUCUAUCUGCAAGUGAAUAGGCCCAGAAAGAUGGAAGAGACUCUUCGACUGAAUGGACAUAAAAAUUCUGCUUGUUAAGAACAAUUUUGGCUCUGGUAACUGACCUUUAUAGCUAAAACUUUUUGGCAAGUAUGAAGAGACGUUUUACGGUUCUAGUGUUCCCUUAUACCUGUGAUAUCAGCCUCGAUGAAUGUUGGUGUAAUUGUACAUCAUGAUGUCAAGCUCCGUUUUCUAGCAAGUAUGAAUUAUAAGGGAAUUAUGUCUGCAA